UUCAACUUAACUUAUAGAAACCAAAUCUUGUGACAAUGGCUGAUGACGAUAUUGCUGCGUUAGUUAUUGACAAUGGGUCCGGAAUGUGCAAGGCCGGAUUCGCCGGAGACGAUGCCCCCAGGGCCGUGUUUCCCUCUAUUAUUGGACGUCCAAGACAUCAAGGUGUCAUGAUUGGCAUGGGUCAGAAGGACAGCUAUAUAGGAGACGAGGCCCAGAGCAAGAGAGGAAUCCUCACCCUCAAGUACCCCAUUGAACACGGUAUCGUCACCAACUGGGACGACAUGGAGAAGAUCUGGCACCACACCUUCUACAAUGAACUCCGUGUGGCCCCUGAGGAACAUCCCGUCCUCCUGACCGAGGCCCCACUCAAUCCCAAAGCCAACAGAGAAAAGAUGACACAGAUCAUGUUCGAAACUUUCAACUCUCCCGCCAUGUAUGUUUCUAUUCAGGCCGUACUUUCACUAUAUGGUGCUGGUCGUACAACUGGCAUAGUGCUCGACUCUGGAGACGGAGUAUCUCACACAGUUCCCAUCUACGAAGGUUACGCACUUCCCCACGCCAUCCUGAGACUAGAUCUCGCUGGACGUGAUCUGACCGAUUAUCUCAUGAAGAUUCUCACAGAACGUGGUUACUCUUUCGUAAAUACAGCGGAAAGAGAAAUUGUCAGAGACAUCAAAGAGAAGUUGUGCUAUGUUGCUUUGGACUUCGAACAAGAAAUGGCAACUUCUGCGUCCUCAUCGUCCAUAGAAAAGAGCUACGAACUUCCAGACGGUCAGGUCAUCACCAUUGGUAACGAGCGUUUUAGGUGUCCAGAGGCGUUGUUUCAACCUGCUUUUCUUGGAAUGGAAUCUUCUGGUAUCCAUGAAAGUACAUAUAACAGUAUCAUGAAGUGUGAUGUCGAUAUCCGCAAAGAUUUGUACUCGAACACGGUAUUAUCUGGUGGUUCAACCAUGUACCCUGGUAUUGCUGAUCGUAUGCAAAAAGAAAUCACAGCUUUAGCUCCUAGUACAAUGAAGAUUAAGGUCAUUGCCCCACCAGAAAGGAAAUACUCCGUCUGGAUGGGUGGUUCCAUCCUUGCUUCUCUGUCCACCUUCCAGCAGAUGUGGAUCACUAAACAGGAAUACGACGAAUCAGGUCCGUGUAUUGUCCACAGGAAGUGCUUUUAAACCGACGUCACAAAGUGUUGCCAUCUUUUUCAGAUGGUUUCUUUUAAAUGGCUAUAUUAUAUCGAUCAAUAUUUACAGUUAAUAUUGAAUAUGCAUGUACUUAUAUCGUGGGGUUACAGAACAACAGAAACAUGUAAUCAAAAGCUGUAAAAUACAUUUUGAUCUAUAGCUGUAAAUAUUUACAUUCAAUAGAAUGUUUUUAUCAACUUCGUUGUCGAGUUUAAAGUUCAUAUGUAAAUGAUGUGUACAGCAGUCGGCAGUGCUUAGCACAACGUCAAACCUCUAUCAGGGUGGGCCUCGUGUCGACUGUCGAGACUUUGAAAAGGAUAGCUGGUGCCAAUAUUUUCCAUGAUCCGAAAUAUUUUGAAAAAACUGACGAAUCAAAAAUUAAAUGUAAAUUUUCUUGGUAAUUUUUUGUGAAUUACCACACGAAUCUAAAAGAAAGAGACUUCCGAUCGAACUUUCGUCGCUAAUCAAAAAAUUAUGUUACGUCAUGUCUUUAAUGUUUCUUUGGUUGUAAACACGUAUAUCAUAGAUCCAAAGCACGCGUUCAAUUUCAGUCAGAUCAAUUUGUGUUUUUGAAGUCAUUAUUGGGAAAGAUGAUGGUCGCCAGCAUUGUAGAAAAAUCUGCACCACGCACUUGUGAGCGUCAUUUAAGUUUUCAUAAUUCCGUUGUCCAGUACACCAACAAACCAUGGUUCAUUGUUUAAAUGACUGUUACGUUCGCAGUGUUGUGGAAGGGUGUUAUUUGAAUAUUAUUUUUUGUGUCAUAAGAUUUAUCAAUUUAUAUAAAAGCACACCUCUUUUCUUUCAUUUAUAUAUGAAUAUAUGUACAAAGUUGUCCAUGCAGACAGUGCCAUUCCCAUCAUGGACAUAAAACAGUGUAAAAACCAGCACAAGAGCGUUUUGAACUAUAUUUCAAACUUUUGUAGAUGUUAGUUUUAUUUUCUAUACGCUUGUGGAAUAUAAAAAUUGUCUUAAUAUCUGUAAUAUCAUAAGAAUAAAUAACGCAUGCAACCAAACAUGCUGUAUGGAU